UGGCUGAGGAACCCCGGCCCCCAGCACGAGAAACGGACUCUCUUUGGAGACAUAGUAUGCUUCCUGUUCAUCACUCCGCUGGCGACCAUCUCUGGCUGGUUGUGUCUACGAGGAGCAGUGGACCAUCUGCACUUUAGUAGUAGGCUAGAAGCUGUCGGCCUCAUUGCACUCACUGUCGCACUCUUCACUAUUUACCUCUUUUGGACCCUAGUAUCCUUUAGGUAUCACUGUAGGUUAUACAGUGAAUGGCGUCGGACCAAUCAGCGGGUGAUACUCCUAAUCCCAAAGUCUGCCAACGUCCCCUCCAACCAGCAGUCCCUGCUGGGCCUGCAGUCCCUCAAAAGGAACUCAAAGGAGACAAUUGUUUGA